AUAAACCCACUAAAGAAAGAAAGAAAGAGCUCGCGUGUGAUGUGUAUUUAUUGCGCAGAGCCCUUGGGAUGUUUGUAGGUUCAAGUACUCUCGUGUGAUUAGAGGAAUAACUCUGAUUCAUUGGAAGCUGAAGGCGGUCGGGGCAUGACUGUUCCAUGAAUGGAUCAGAAAUAGUGUUGAUGAUGGAUGUGAUGUGCUGUAAAUCAGUAGGAACUGAUCUGUCCAUGCUGGAUAUUGAUGAUUUCAUGACAGAAAUCUCUCAGCUGAAGAAAGAGGUGGCGUUACUGGAGACAAAGCUGAGAUUAAGAGGAGAUGAAGGACUGAAGAGAGAGGACUCCGAGCUCAGUCUGACUUUACUCUGUUAUACUGAGUCAAAGCACACAGACGCUCAGGACACUACAGUGUGUGACAGUAAUCAGGACUUACAGGAUGAUGAAUCUACUGAUCAAACCUCCACAGAGUCUCUGGAUUCUGUCUGUAACGCUGGAGAACAGCAGCAGAUCCUGCAGACCAAACUCAACAUGUGUUCAGUCAAACUCGUGGAGAUGAGAAGAGAAACCAUAACAGAGGACCAUCACACUGAUGGAGACAAUCAUGAUGAUGAUGAUUUUUUUCCUCCAGGUGUGAAGAGUGAUUCAUCUUGUGUUGGCGAAAUAACGUCCACAUCAAAGGAGCGAGUGACAGCACAAACUUUUUCCUGCAUCACCGGCAGAGAGACAUUGAGCUCACAUGGACAUUUAGAGGGAAAACACACAGAACAGAAACUCUUCACCUGCAGCAGAUGUGAGAUGACCUUUACAACCGUACAAGAGCAAAGACGUCACUCAAAUGUGCACAGAGAGAAGAGGCACUGUGAGCUGUGUAGUAAAGUUUAUAUCUCCUAUUCUGGUCUGAAACAUCACAUGCUGACACACAGCGGUGAAAGGCCUUUCCACUGCACUGAAUGUGACAUGCGUUUCAGAUCCAGGAAUGUACUCGUUACACAUAAGAGAACACAUACAGGAGAAAAACCGUACAAGUGUCCUCACUGUGAGAUGAGAUUCACCCAAAAACCUUGCUUAAAGAAACAUGUCUUUUUACACACCAAUGAGAGACCGUAUCAGUGCAGUGAAUGUGGAAAAACCUUCAGGGAUUCAGUUUGUCUAAAGACGCACCAAAAAAUACACUAUGAGAAACAAUAUGAAUGUUCACACUGUGAUAAACGUUUCUGUCAUAAAUCUCAGCUGACGAGUCAUCAAAGAGUUCACACUGGAGAGAAACCUUAUCUCUGCUCUCAAUGUGGAAAGAGCUUCUCUUGUUCAAGUUCUUUAAGAGAUCAUCAGAGAGUUCACACUGGAGAAAAACCUUAUCAGUGCAAUGUUUGUGGGAAGAGUUUUACUAAACAUUACAAUUUAUCGUCACACCGGAGAACUCAUACAGGAGAAAGACCUUACAAAUGCUCUCUGUGUGAGAAUACGUUUACUCAAGCGGUUCUCCUGAGAAUCCAUCUGAGAGUUCACACUGGAGAGAAACCUUACGUCUGCUCGAUCUGUGGAGAGAGAUUUGCUAAUGUAGGACCUUUUAAGACUCAUCAGAAGAAACAUGUUCAAAGCGACCUAAACUAUGAGAAAGACUUUGUUAAAAAAUAACAGCCAAAUGUCAGAACAGCAGUAUAAUUGUACAUAAAAGAUAUAACUAACACCGUUUAGCUUUAUGGUAGAUUUUGUACUACAUUUGCAUGAGGCUUUGUGUGUGUAGUUUGAGUACUAUGCAUACUUUUAAUGUUAUCACAGUAAAACAUCUGGAUGCAUAAAUGAACCACAGAUGUGACCACAGACCCCCUGUUGAAGAGCGAUUAAAGAGCGUGGGUUUAUCAAGUCAUGUUUUCUGGUUUAAAAUUUGUUUGUGACAAACUCCAUAUAUAUACAGCACCAGAGGAGAUUGCCAGAGGUGUCCCCCAAGGAUCUGUGUUGGGGCCCCCAUAUCCUAACAUGCAGGAUGUUAGUGUUAGACAUGAACAAGUCUUAUAAAAAUAAAAUAACAGCCUCAUGCAAACCAUUCUAGAAACCAGAAAUCCAACCUUUUUUCUGUUUAUUCUUCAGAUUUUGGUUCCCAAAAUGCUUUGCAUGAUGCCUUUAAUUUACUUUUAUUUUGUGAAGAUAAAGACUUGUUAAUGUUUAUAUAACCUUGAACAAACUGUUUCCAGUAAAUGACAUAAUUUUAAAUCUAUGGUCUUAUUUUAUUUUUUGUACUAAAAGUGUACUGCAAUUUCUACAGAAAUGUUAUAGAGUGAACGUAAUAUGUGAUGCACCUUAAUUUAUAAUGAAUGCUCUUGAUCUAUCCAUGAUGCAAAUAUAUCAUGGGUGGUUUCCCAGACAGGGAUUAGCUUAAGACAAGACUAUAUCUCAUAAUAGACCCCUUAAAGUAACAGAUUUUUAUAGGAGUCUUCUCAUACCUGGUUUCUCUUCUUGUUUUCUUGUCUCCCCCUCAUUCUCUCAAAACAAACUGUAUAUGAAAUGCUACAUUCUACAUGCACAAAGAAUCUGAAUCUGGUCUUCAUUCACUGUAGACAUAUUAGACAACACCCCUGAGUUUACAACAACCAAUCACUACCAAAGUUCUAUCGUUAUAACAAUGCUUCGUUCUCUCUGGAUAUUUAAGGAAGGUUUGUAAGGGUUCAGGGGGGAUUUUUAUAUUUAGAAAAGAACCCCUCUGAUGUUGUGUCAUCUGUAACCAGAUCUUUGUCUAUUUACUGGUUAUGCAAUGGUUUGAUUGUUUUGUAUUUAAAUUGGAUUGUUAAUUGGCUUCUGAAUUAUGUUUUUCCUACCUGGUUAAUAAAUUAUGUUUGACUUUA